AUGAAGCUCAGUUGCAAGUUGCAUAAAAUGCAUCGAUUGUCAGCAACUUUAAAUACCGACAAAAUUCGUCAAAUUACCAUUUCAAGUCGCUUCAUCAAAGAUUUUAGCAAAUUCAUCGCUCAUCUGGGAAUUUAUUUUUACGGGUUUCCUUCAUCAUCACCGUCUCCUGUUUCCGUCUUCAGCGUAUUAUCCCCUUACAAUUCCAUCCGCAGUACUUUUCUGUGCAUGACACAAAGUGAUGUUAAUUUAUGUUUUCAGCAAAGUUCUACAGCCAUUACAACAUAA